AUGGAAUUUUUUGCUUCCUCCGGACCGUCCAAGACCUGUUCUCCUGUCGAAUAUAUGCCACUUGAGGACAUAGAAAGACCCGAGCGUUAUCAUCCUGGAGGUUAUCAUCCUAUAGUGAUUGGCGACCGUCUUAGUGACCGCUAUGAUGUUGUACAUAAACUUGGGUUUGGAGAGCAAAUUCUAGGAUCCCUAGCGCUCUCAGACCUAAACGACGACGGACACCCUGGAAAAGCUCUGAUCCCUCAAGUAUUGGAUAAGUUCCUCGUCGAUGGGCCAAAUGGAAGACACAGAUGUCUUGUUACAGAGCCGGGGAUGAUGAGCCUAGCUGAGGCUAAGGAUGCAUCUUAUUGCAGACUUUUUGAAUUGCCAGUAGCCAAAGCCAUCACCGCCCAAUUUAUUCAAGCCGUCGCUUUCCUACAUCAUCGAGGGAUAGUUCAUGCCGACCUCCAUACAGGGAAUAUAAUGCUUCGCUUACCGAACAGUAUGGACGAACUUUCCCCCGAACAAUUGUAUGAAAAGUACGGCCGGCCUAAUAUCGAGCCAAUUGUGCGCCUUGAUGGCAAGCCACUUCCCGACGGAGUUCCUACCCACGGUGUUGUGCCCAUCUGGCUCGGGAAAGAGAGCGAGCUUAUAACACUCACUGAAGCUAAGAUUUUUCUCACUGACUUUGGAGAGUCAUUUUUACCGACUGUGACCCAACGCCGGUAUUCCAAUACGCCAGAUAUCCUUGUUCCUCCAGAGAUUUAUUUCUUACCGUGCGAAACCGUAUCAUUUUCCUCCGAUAUAUGGACACUAGCAUGUACAAUCUGGGAUAUUAUUGGACAACGGCCACUUUUUGAGGGUUUUAAUCCGUCCAAAGACUGGAUGAUAAAAGAGCAUGUGGAUACACUUGGCAAGUUACCUCACGACUGGUGGCAAAAAUGGGAUGCGCGGCAGAGAUGGUUUAAUGAGGAAGGGGAAAGAACAUCUGGACGGGCGGGUAGGUCGCUGACCGACCGUUUUGUUGAUUCUGUGCAGCAGCCGCGACAAGAACAGGCGGUAGAGGACGUUGGGCAAGCCGAGAAGACUGCCAUACUCAAUAUGUUGAGGGGCAUGUUAACAUUUAUGCCUGAUAAAAGGCUCACUGCUGCGGAAGUCAUGGAGUCUGAGUGGAUGCUACGGUGGGCUCUGCCAGUGCUUGAAAGAAUGGUAACUACGUGA